AUGAAUUCAUGUAUUAAAUCAAUAGGCAAUGCAAAAAUACUUUAGAUUAUACUCAUUGUUGAUAGCUUACUUAUUCAUCUACAAUCCUAUUUAAUUUCAAACUAUAAUUAUUUGAUCAUAGCACUAUCAUUAACAUGCUUUCAUGGAAUUGUUUUAACAUCUGAACAUUUUUUAUAAGGAAAAAAUAAAUUGUUAAAUGUACUUUUUAACUCAUUUAAAGGAAUAGCUCAAAUUAUUAUACACUAUUUAUUAGAGCAAAACUGGUUAAUUUUUGCUGGAAUAUAAUUAGUUUGUAUAUUAAAAUAGGAUGUCUAACAUAUAAACUUUGUAUCAUCUGUUUUUUUUGUUACAUAAAUAUUUUGUGUAGCCUUUAGCAAAAAAGAUUUUAUUAUAAUAGGAGUAAUUAGAACUGUGUUUAAUUAUUUGUUUAUAAGUUAAAUUUUUAGGAUUGAAAGGCAAAAUAAAUUAAUUUAGUUAGAAAACCUUCUUAAACAUAUUUAACAUAAUGAAUUUUGUUUGUUGGAUGAUAAUUUCAAUCCUAUUUUUUAAUAGCAUAUCUUUAACAAAUUAAAAGGAGAGUAAUUAGUGGGUUUAUAAGAUUUCUAUAACUAAACAAGAUUAAUAACUCCUAGAGAUAAUACUACUAAUUUAAUAAGGGAAAUUGCUUAUGAAGAAGAAAUGAAAUAAACAUUGUCUUUAUAAGAGAUUCUUUUCCAUCUUAAAAAGAGUAAAGUGCCUUUAAAAAAAAAGCUGUAUUAUUAGUUGAACAACUAACAAAAUUAUAAUAUAUCAAUUGAGAAUAUUCUUUUGGAUGAUUAUAAUUCAAUUGUUAUGAUAUAAAAAAAUAAACAAUUAGAUAAUUAAUAAUCUAGCAAUUAAAUAAAUUUUAUGAUUAAAACUGUUAGAAAAGUAUCUCAUGAUAUGAGAAAUCCUUUGAAUGCAAUAAUUAAUAUGUAAAUGUGUUUAAAAGAUUAUAUUGAUGAAGAAUUAGUUUUAAAAUAUCUUAAACCUUCUUUAAAUUCUUGCCAUUUAUUACUUAAUCUUAUAAAUGAUAUUUUAGAUUCAGCUUAAGUUGAAAAUAAAAAAUUAAAACUAGUUUAUAGAAAAUUCAAUCUUGAAAAAUUAAUUGCUAAAACUAUUUCAAUAUUUGAUUCAUUAAAGGAUAAGAAAGAUAUUAUGAUAACAUUUAAUUAUGACUCAAAAUUACCAAUCUUGGUUAAUUCUGAUAAAUUUAGAAUAAGAUAAAUCAUUAUGAAUUUACUUAGUAAUGCUAUUAAAUACACUAGACCAAAUGGGAAAAUUUAUAUUGAUUGUUCUGAAAGUUCUUAAAGAAAGAAUUUUAUUAAAAUUUGUAUAUAAGAUACAGGUUAUGGAAUUAAACCAGAAAAUUUGUAAUAUUUAUUUUAAGAAUAUUCUAAAAUAGAAGAUAAUGAAAAUUAAAAUUUAAAUCCUUUCGGAAUAGGAUUAGGCUUGAUGAUAAGUAAUGAAUUAGCUAAAUUAUUAUCUAAUACUGGUAUAUAAGUCUAAUCAGAAUUCGGAAUAGGUUCAAAAUUCUUUUUUGAAAUAGAAAACAAAUAACUUGCACCUGAAGAUAUUUCAGAAUCUUAAUUGUUGAUAAAUCAUUAAAAUGGUUUACCUUCUUUGGAUGUUCAUUUCUUUCCUGGACUUAAUUCACAAAAAUCACCUACAAUGUCUUUAGCUUUACCUUAGAUGGAAAGUAGUAAAAAAAUCAUUUUAAAAAAAUCCUAGAAAACUAUUAAUCUUAUGACUAAUUCUGUUAAUAAUCAAACAAAAUUUAAAGUUAAAAAUGAUGAAAAAAGUAUUGCAAGAAGAUCAUCAUUAUCUGCAAAAUAAAUUGAAGCUUUAAUUUAAAAAUGGUGUGAUAAUACUAAUCAAAAACCACCAAUAUUAAUUGUAGAUGAUGAUGAAAUCAAUAUUCUCGUUUUAUAGUACUUAUUGGAAUAAAUGGAUAUAAGUUCGGAUUCAGCAAUGAAUGGAAUGACCUGCUUGUAAAAAUUCGUUGAAAGAUAACGAGAAGGCCUCCCUUAUCAAUUAGUAUUUUUAGAUAUCAAUAUGCCAGUAAUGGAUGGAUUUGAAUUGGCAACAAAAUUAAUUCAAAUUGAUCCUCUAAUUAUUCUAAUUGCUUGUUCUGGUGAUGCAUCUAAUUCAAAUUAUCUAGAACGAUGCAAAUAAUCUGGAAUUCUUGGUUACAUUCUUAAACCAAUCCUCAAAAAUAAAUUAAAAGAAUUACUAGUCAAACUAUCUGAAGGAAUUAAUUAUGAUAGCUAAAAAUUGUCAUAUUAUUGCUGA